GCUCCAGUUCAGUUCGAAAAUCUACCCGUAUUGUGUACUGGUGGCUGCAGUGCCUCUCCAUUGUGUUGUCGUCACUCACUGACACUCAGACCAUCUAGCUUCGUCAUCGGCAUCCUCAUUACCGUUACUGGUAGAGUCGCCAUCACUAUCACCUUAAGUUUAUGACCAUCGUCAUCGCCAUAGCGACGCCAUCGACAUCGCCAGUGCCGUUACGACACUCAGCGCUGCAUAGCCAUCGCUGUCACGGCCAUCUUCAUCUUCAUCAUCGUUUUGUCGCCGGGUUUCGCGAGUCGACGGCUGGCUGGUCCACCGGCAAAACCAAUCAGUCAGUGGUAGCGGACUGACGGAUCGUGGCUUAUAGGGGCGGAUGAGCUGCGCGUGCGGAGCCCCUGCACGCGCAGCCCUUCCGCGGCCCCCGGGGCGCAGAGGCGUGCCUAGAGCCAUGUCCGCCCAUCCUGCGCGCGUUGCGGCCGCGCUAUCGGUAGCCCAAAGCCCCUUCGACGGGGCAGGGGUGAGUGCUCGAGCGUCCCGGCCACGUUGCGCAGAUCCGGAACUAUGGGGAGAGAGAUGCGGUGCCGGCAGCAGUAGUAGCAGCAGCAGUACAGUUAUAGUGGCGCGAGUCGGCUCGUCGUUCCGCGCCGAUGUCGGCUAUGGCGCCGUUUUCCGCGCGGGGAAGGAUACCCCCGCUGGUGGGACAUGGAGAGAUGGACCGGCGGCGGCUAGAUGCGCGAUCGCACUUCGUAACAGGAGUGGUAGGUCGGCAGAUGCCGCGCGACGAGCGCGCAGCUGCCGCUGCAUGCGCAGCCGCGGGGCUUGCGAGGGUGGACGCUUGCACGCUCGGCGCGCAGUCUGGAAUUGGCGCGAAGAGGGGCAAGAGAAGGCGAUCGUCGAAGAUCGAUGGCGCCGGGACAGUCGAUGGGACCGAAGAUCGGUGGCGCGGAGGAACCAUGGGACGGAGUCUGUGGUGGUGAGUUUGGGAGAGGGAGUGGAAGAGAGAACGGGGGAGGAGACAAAUCCAUCUGGCAAAGUUGGCGACGAAGCCGUCGAAAACGACAAGCCAGCCUCGUUGGGAUCUCGAAGUCGUGCAGGAGAUCCCGUUCUGAUUGUCCCUGGAUUCCUGGCGGAUGCAUACGAAUUUGUCCCUCUGGCCGAGUAUUUGCGCUCUUUGGGCUUCAAUGCUUUGGCGGAAAAGCAAUGGAGAUGGACGGACCUGCUGAAGGAGAAAGGGAUAGAAGCACAUGACAAAAUGACGAAGGAGACCAUUCUGAAGCUCUUACCAAGCCGGUCUCACCAGCAGAUGAUUGAACUGGAACACCCCUUCAUAGAAUCUGCCCCCACUGCAUGGUCAGCAGCCGGUUUGCUUAAGUACGCCAGGAUGUACUACGGGGACACUCUCCACCAGCCGCCCGAGCAGGAUGUGAACACAGACCUCACAGCUUCAUCAGACAUGUGCGAGAGCCAGAAUGGAGGAAAGGGUGAAAGGAAAGAGGAAGAAGAACAGAAGAGGAAGGGUCUAGCAGAACUAAAGAGGGUUGUCAGCGAAAUGAGUACUGACGUGGGUGACAGACAGUGGAAUCCCGUGUUCACUGACCCAAUGAUCAAAGAACCUUUGAAUAACUAACUCUGUGCGUGCCUCUGAGGGCAAAGGAACAAAAACAACAUACUUAC